UAGGAUGUAAAUCUAACUGGACCACUACAGUUGGUAUUAGUAUGAGUAGUGACGGGAAACUGAACUAAACUGAAAUGGCAGCUCAAUACAUGUGCUAUUAUUGCCCGAGACAAGAUGAUGAAAUUGACGCAAUUCUCUUUGCCAUUGUUUGAACAAUCACAUCACUGAAAAUUUUAGUAUAACAUAUGAUCGACCCCGACAGUGGUAGACACAAAUACGCAUCAAGACAUUUCAAUGUAUCGUUAGUGAAAGUCAAAGAACUACAAGCAAAGGGAAACAAAGUAAUCGCUGACCCGACUUCUAUGAAACUGCGACUUAAAAGACAAGCACAUGGUAUUCAAGUGGAAGAACAGGCACAAUCUCCCAUCGAGCGAGCAGAUAAACAGAUUGCUUUGGAUCUGGAUGAGACAGAAGGAACUGACGAAGAGAGAAUCGAAGAUGUCAAAAGUGAUAUUACAGAAAGUGAACUUGAAGGGGUAAUGAAAAAGAGUGCUGGAAAUAAUGAAGAAGAUGGAUAGAUGUGACGAUUUUGUCAGUGUCCUUCAGGCCAUUGUAGCUGGGAAACUAGAUACGAAUAUAUGUCUUCAUUUGCUACUUGACAUCGGCCAGUGCUUAAAGAAAUUUCGUUUAGUGCAGAAAAUAUGCCUU